UGUCUAUAGAGAUAUGUUCUCCUUUGGAUGAAUACGCAGAUCCAACCCUGUUUGACAACGCACACAUCGACAUGCGCUGCCUAUAUUCAGCAAAAGGCGACGGGAUGCUUGUUCUCCGUCCAUCCACGCAAGCUGGACAGAAUGUGAUCGCAGCAAGCACAACUGCUGCAUCUCCGCCCGACUCAGGAGAACUCUACUUUACUCAUUCUUCGACAAAUAACCAGAGCAUACUCGUCAUUCUACUCGCCGUCGAGUGGAAGUUGCAUGAUCCUGUUGCCAACGCAGCCCAAGCCGUGUUCACACUGGCAACGACCCAGAGACACUGGGCGGCUCUCGGAAUACGAGACGAGGUCGCCUUUGCUCUCCUCGGCAAUGCAACAGAACUUCGAGUCUUGGGACGUACACAGGACGAUACCGGCGUGAGUUGCAUUAAGCAGUGUCGCAGGACUGGCUUGCGAGUUCUGCAUUAGAUUAUACACAUCUUUCUGUGCGAUGCACUGGAUAUGACAUGGGUACCUCACUGGUGGAAGGCGUUUUUUUUCCUCAACAACUUAGAAGCGUGAGGUCGGGUGGAAGUCGAAAGGAUUUUGCGCAACGUGCCGCGGGCUGACGACGACACGAGGACUGAUGAAGAGAAAGCCACCUUCGCACUUCGACGAAGAUGGCGGUUCGACAAAUGGCGUCACCGUCGCCAGUCGCGACUUCAGUCCUCUGUUGA